AUGGCAACCGCAGUGGCAGCUCGUACCCUCGCCAGGGCUGUUCCCCGGAGCACGGCAGCCGCCAGUGCUGCGUCGUCCCUGCGCCUCGCCGCCCGUUCGUCUCGAAGCAACAACAGCAACAGCUCCAACGCCGCGAGGCAAUUCUUCCAAAAGUCCUCUCGACGACAUUACUCCUCAUCCGGCCCCGAACCUGCAAAAUCCUCGUUGGGUAGCGGCCUCAUCAUUGGGGCCGUGGCGGCCGCGGCGCUCGCUGGCGGAUUCUACGUCUACAACACACAAACCGGUGAAUUCCACCUGACCAAGGGCAGCGCGGGGCAGUCGGCAGGCGUGUUCAAGCCGACGACGGAAGACUACCAAAAGGUGUACAACGCCGUCGCCAAGGAGCUGUGGGAGAAGGACGAGUACGACGACGGUUCCUAUGGUCCGGUGCUGCUGCGCCUGGCGUGGCACGCCUCGGGCACCUACGACGCCGCCACGGGCACGGGGGGCAGCAACGGCGCGACCAUGCGGUUCGCGCCCGAGUCGGACCACGGGGCCAACGCCGGCCUCAAGAACGCACGGGACUUCCUCGAGCCCAUCAAGCAGCAGUUCCCCUGGAUCUCCUACUCGGACCUGUGGACGCUGGCCGGCGUCUGCGCCGUCCAGGAGAUGCAGGGCCCCAUCAUCCCCUGGCGGCCGGGUCGACAGGACCGCGACGUCUCCUUCUGCACCCCCGACGGCCGUCUCCCCGACGCCUCCAAGGACCAGAACCACGUCCGCGCCAUCUUCGGCCGGAUGGGCUUCAAUGACCAAGAAAUGGUCGCCCUCUCCGGCGCCCACGCUCUAGGUCGGUGCCACACCGACCGCUCCGGCUACGACGGUCCCUGGACCUUCGCCCCCACCGUCCUGACCAACGACUACUACCGGUUGCUGAUGGAGGAGAAGUGGGGCUGGCGGAGCUGGAACGGACCCAAGCAGUACCAGGACAAGACCACCCACAGCCUGAUGAUGCUGCCCACCGACAUGGCCCUGGUCCAGGACAAGUCCUUCAAGAAGUACGUCGAAAAGUACGCCAAGGACGGCCAGGCCUUCUUCGACGACUUUUCCAACGUCGUCAUGAAGCUGUUCGAGCUGGGCGUGCCUUUCGAGAGCAAGCCGGAGGACCGCAUCAAGUUCAAACCCACCAUUGACGAUGCUUGA